AUGAAUUCAGACAGUGAUAUGACUAUGAGCGACUGGGAAAAUGCUGGAGAAAGCGAGGAUUGGGAGUUAGAAGGAAGCGAGGAUUUGGAGGAAGAAGGAAGCGAGGAUAUGGAGGUAGAAAGCAGCGAGAUGGAGGAAGAGGAGGAGGAGGAAGAGUGCGCGAAGGGAAAGGAGAAAGUAGAAAGCAGAGAGGAGGAGGAAGAUGAGGAAAUGGAGGGAGAGUGCUCGAAGGGAAAGGAGAAAGUCGAAGGAAAAGAUCGUAUUAGUGAACUACCAGAUGCAUUAGUUGAAGACAUACUAUCAUAUAUGCCAAUGAUGGAUGCUAUAAAAACAAGCAUACUGUCAGAGAGGUGGCGAUGGUCUUGGGCCUCCACCACCAAAAUUGAAUUCCUGUUCGAGGAGUUCAAUGACACUCUGGAUAUGUUUAGCGAGUUUAUAACAUCAACAAUGAUGCUCAACAGGUCUAGUACAAUCCAUAAGUUUGUCUUGAGAUCAUAUUUUGAUGCAUUUAUGUCUCCAGCAAUCAACUUCUGUCUCCGUCAAUUGGUGCGUAAGCGUGUCGAGGAGCUUUGCUUGGAUUUGGAUUUUUGUUCUGAGCCUCCUCUUGCAUACUGGCUCACGCCAGAAAUUUACUAUUGUGAAUCGGUCAAAAAACUGAGCUUCACUUGUUGCCAGGUCUCUCCUAUGGUUGCCGUCAAUUGGAGAUCACUCCAAGAUCUUUCUAUUGAAAAUGCUUUUAUCGAUAAUCAAACGAUUCAAAUGAUUCUUUGCGGCAGUCCACAUCUGGAAUCGCUGUUAUUAAGAAAUUGUGGAGGGUUUAACCAUAUCGACUCAACUACUCUGACAAGACUCGUAAUAGGUUGUUAUGGAAAUGAACCUGAUUCGAAUUCAUGCCUAGAGAUUAAUGCUCCCAAUCUUCAUUCAUUGGAGCUUACUGGUUGUAUGAGGAUUAAGCUGCAAAGUUUGAGGAAUUUAUUAUCGGCCUUGUUGACUGUCAGUCUUUCAUUCUCACUGGACGACGAUGAUAUUAAUCCUGAUACAGCCAUUGAUAAUAAUGUUAAUGUAGACGGUAUCUAUCAAGACAUGGUGACCGGUCUUCUAAACAUAAUUCGUCCUGUCAUGUAUCUUACACUUGGAACAUGGCUAAUUCAGGCUCUCUCAGCACUUGAAUUACAGAAAUUUCCUCCGCCAUUUUUACAGUGUAAGCACUUGAAAUUAGAUAUCGAUCUAUAUGAAGAGGAAUUUCCGGGGAUUAAUAGUCUGUUGCGAUCUUCACCCAACUUAGAGAAGCUUGUUGUAGAUUUGUCUUGCUAUCAUGAUAAUGAGGAAUAUGAAGGAGGUCCAGGGGAGAUAUGGAAUUUCGAUGCCAAUAACUACUGGGAAUCGAAGAAACUGCUAUCGAAGUGUCUGAAGACUGUUGAGUUUAUUGGCUAUAAUGAAAAUGUGCCUGAAUUUGCAAAGUUUUUGUUACAACAGGCCAAAGGCUUGGAGACGAUGACCUUCUCUAAAUCUAAGGGAAAUAAUGAUGAUGAUAGGCAGAGACCAGAUUCUGGCCUGGCCAAGGCGAAGAUUUCUCUGGAAUAA